CAACUCACUGGAUCCAAUCGUAUGAUGAUAACAAAACAGCGAUAAUCAGACACGAAUGUCCUGGAUCCACCUGCGUUGUUUGUUCCCCUAGAUUUCUUCGUUUUUUCUCGAGAAAAUCUCAAAUGGGUUUGCUUGAAUCCGCCGCUUCCAUUAACUGGGAGCAUGAAUCCUUCCCAGAAUAUGGAGAUUUCGUUGCUCUUCCCGUCUUUGCUUUUUUCUUCUUCUCUGUUCGCUUCUUUCUCGAUAGAUUUGUCUUCCAGGCCAAAUCAACGAAUGUUGUUACUAUUGGUGGAUUGGAGAAACACUAGCCUGUUUGGGUCUUCAACUAAAGCAAAUGAAAGUGAGAAAUUUAAAGAAAUUGGGAAGAAUACUGAUUUUUGGAAAGGGUGGUCAGCAGCUAGAUGUUGGGGUAGAUGAGAAGAGAAAGAAAUUACGAAAGUUCAAGGAAUCAGCAUGGAAGUGUGUUUAUUUUCUUUCAGCAGAGCUUCUAGCUCUAUCUGUAACUUAUGAUGAGCCUUGGUUUACUAACACAAAAUAUUUUUGGGUAGGGCCUGGUAAUCAAGUCUGGCCUGACCAACAGAUUAAGUUGAAAUUGAAGGGUUUGUAUAUGUAUUGUGGUGGAUUCUACACAUACUCCAUAUUUGCUUUGAUUUUUUGGGAAACAAGGCGGUCUGAUUUUGGAGUGUCAAUGGGUCAUCAUGUGGCAACUUUUAUUCUCAUUGUGCUGUCUUACAUAUUCAGAUUCGCCCGUGUUGGUUCUGUUGUUUUAGCUCUUCAUGAUGCUAGUGAUGUCUUUCUGGAGGUAGGGAAGAUGUCCAAAUACAAAGGUGCUGAAACCACUGCAAGCAUCUCUUUCAUUCUUUUUGUUUUGUCUUGGAUCGUACUUCGCCUAAUUUACUAUCCAUUCUGGAUCCUUCGGAGCACAAGCUAUGAAGUUAUCCUGACCUUGGACAAGGAAAAGCAUGCAGUGGAAGGACCAAUUUAUUAUUAUUUGUUCAAUACUCUUCUAUUCUGCUUGCUUGUUCUUCACAUUUAUUGGUGGGUGUUGAUGUAUCGGAUGCUUGUUAAACAAGUCCAAGCAAGAGGCCAACUUAGUGAUGAUGUUAGAUCUGACUCUGAAGAUGAAGAUGAACAUGAAGAUUGACCACGAUACAAGAUCUAUGGCAUCCAGAAGACUCAUGCAAAGAUAAAGAAGAGUCAAAGAAUUACAUGUCAUGAAGUGCAAUCUGUUUGAAAUGAAAGACUAAUGAGCAGAAAAAUUCCCUCGUAAUUGAAGGGAUGCUAUAUUACUACAAGAUCAGACAUGGAACAAGGUUGAAAAGGGUGGCAAUUGGAGAGAAUUUUGAUUCUUGGGUCUUAAAUUUUGGCUCAUGUAAUUUCGUUAUUGUGGGUUGUGGAACAGCCGUAGAUUGAUGUUUUUUUGUAAGGGAAGUUCAUAAUAUUGCCUUGCUUACAUGGUUGCCUCUAAAGUUCUUUAACCUUA